AUGGAUAGGUGCCAAGGUAAUGAUUCUUGUUACAUCUGUCAAAUAGGUGCCAAGGUUAAAAUCGAACGCAAAGACAGGGACACACACAAACUCUUAUACAGCAUUGAUGGAACAACAGACUCAACAGGAAAGUACAAGAUCAUGAUCAAAGAGGACCAUGGCGACCAGCUCUGUGAUGCCAUGCUAGUUAGCAGCCCACAGAGAGAUUGUGCAACGGCAGAUCCAGGGCGUGACCGUGCUCGUGUGGUACUUACCCGAAACAAUGGGAUUGCUUCAAACAACCGUUUCGCCAAUGCAAUGGGUUUUGUGAGGGAUCAGCGCAUGUCCGGGUGCAAGCAACUGCUCCAGCAAUACGAGCAGGAGUCUGAAGAGUAA